AUGGACCCCACUCACCAAGCCGUGCUGCCAGAUGCCGCAGCAGCACUUAUAGAGGUGAUCAAUCUGGACCAGCCGACAUCGCGGAGCCUUUAUCGGAAGUUAAAACUUGCCUUGGCACCUUUUCAUGCUGAAAUCAAGUCGCCGGGUGUUGUCCAGGCGUUGCUUCACCGGAAACCUUUCCAAGUCGCCCUACAACGGAUCGCGUCAUCUUUGAACGAGCUUCUUUCCGCUGAAUAUGUCCAAGCACAGUAUUUGCAGUUAUUGGAAAAUGAUGCAUCUCGUCACAGCAGCGGAUUCUCGCUCCUUCGAGGAGUUUGGGGUGCCGGUGAUGAAGGGCCAUCUCCCGCCGAAACAUUCCAAAAUUUGCUCCAUCGCCCGCACCCCAUCCUUCAUAUCUUUCACCACCUGAUUCAGCGCUGCGAUACAAGGAAUCUUGAUCUAAAGCAACUCAUAGGCGGAGAAACGAGCCAGCUCAAGGAGGCGAUCACCCGCGUCAAACGCUGGAAUUCCAUGGUGGAUGAAAUGUACGAUGACUCGGAUUCAGAGUCCUCCGAAACCGAAGCACCAGAGCCUCCAAGUCUCGAACUCAUCUUUAGUAAGAAGCAUAGUGUUCCCUACUCGUCGCGUGCGCUUUAUGAAAUUCUUCACCAAAACUGGCCCUGUGGAGCUGAUGUACACAACCACAAUGGACGACUGGGCCUUUGCUUCGAGGCGAAGUUCUGCUUGGACCCUCGAUGGGCAUCUGGGAACCAUAUCAAUGAUGACUUCCUUAUGCUCCUGAAUGGACCGGAUAUAAGACAGGAAUGCAGGAUAUGCACCAGUACUUCUGGAACUUUCAAGAAUACGGCACCGGCCUGCCUGAUAGACCAUGAUGACCAGUCCAGAAGUGUUUGCCUAUAUCUGACCAUGGAUGAGGACAAUAAAUUAUGGAAUGACCACCAGUCUGCCCAACCGCUGGAAGUCAUGAUGGAGGGAGAAGUAUAUGUGGAAAUGAGCCUGAGCGAACUUUUGACCACAGUCAAACCAACCUAUACCGCCAAACGAGUUAUGGGGGUGACAUUGGCACGAUGCAUUUUGCAUUUAUUCGAAGGACCUUGGCUGCAAGGUUGUAUGUCAAUCAACGACAUCUUUGUCUAUUGCAGAAUCGAAAAUAACCAGCCGCAUCCAAUAUUCGACAAAGUAUUCGUUGCGACAAGAUUUGGAAAAUCUGGAAACGAAGGGGGUACCACACCUGGAACGUACAAGAUUCACCCAUUCCCCACGAUCCUAGCUCUUGGAAUUAUUCUUAUCGAAUUGGAACUGGGUGAAGAUCUUUCCGACAUCAAAAAACACUCCAUAUUCACAUCUAAGAAGGGUCAACCAUUCUAUCUCGCACGAAACACUUCACUAUGGAUUCUGGGCUCAUUCGCGCGGUCAAAUUUUGCAUUGAUCGCGCGUCUUUUCUCGCUUUUCGAUACCCUCGACUCAAGUGCCCUUCUUUUGAACCAAGAGUUCAUUAAUGUCUAUUAUGAGAAUAUUGUCCGCCCAUUGGAACAAGAUCUGGUUAGAGGAGCUCAUUGGACUUGGGACCAAGUUGAUGAGCUGCGGCCUCCAAGUACUGAUACCGGAGUCUGCAAGAUCAUCACUUCCAAAACAUUCAGUCCUAUGCAUGAUAUGCUUAUUGAUAGAGCCAGCGUUCAUUUGGCAGACUCUCCAAGCAAUUCAGCGAAACUCAAUUUCAACAAACGCUCAAUCAGCUCGAGUGACGUCAUUGAGGAAAAGUGGUCCCAUUCAGUCACAAUUGAAGAAGCUGAAAGAAGACACUCGUAUGACUCGCUGGGUCAUUCUUCGGUAUCAUAUGUUGAAGAUCGUCGUGAAAUGAAUGGCCAACCUGGUUUGGUCUUGGAGUACCAUCCCACUAGGCCACAGAGCCGCGACGAUUUCCAGAUCGCCAUUAUAUGUGCUCUCCCGACAGAAGCAAACGCAGUACAAAGUAUCUUCGAUAGGCAUUGGGACACCGAAGGCAUAUAUCAGUACGGAAAACAGGCAAAAGAUCCUAAUUCCUACUCUACUGGUUUAAUUGGAAACCACAAUGUUGUUCUAGCGCACCAACCGCGAAUGGGCAAAGCCACGGCUGCAAAUGUUGCAGCAGCAUGCUCGAUGAGUUUUCCCAAUAUCAAUCUCGCUCUCAUUAUUGGUGUUUGUGGAGGUGUACCAUUCCCUGGGACUAAGAAGGAGAUACUUCUUGGGGAUGUUGUCAUUAGCAAAGGCAUCGUGCAGUAUGAUUUCGGAAGACGGUAUCCCGACGGCUUCCGACCGAAAGUUACCAUUGAUGACCAGCCUGGUCGACCCAAUCGGGAGAUCUCAUCUCUCAUGGCUCGACUGGAACUUAAUAUGCAGCGAGUGAGUUUACAGCAGGACCUCGCUAAAUAUCUGGAUGAAUUGGACUGUGCUACAUCGAACCCCUCUGGAGACUUCUACCCAGGCCACCUACGAGACAGAUUAUUCGACGCAGAAUAUGUGCACAAACAUCAGUUGGGCAGUUGCAACAUGUGCAAAACCAGUGUUUGCAAUCUGGCGAUGCAGUCUACAUGCCAAGAUCUCAAAUGCGGGGAGCACAGAUUGAUAGGUCGACUGCGUCAGAACGAGAGAAACAGGCCCUCCCUCCACUUUGGAUUGAUGGGAUCCGGUGAUACGGUUUUAAAAUCAGCAGUAGAGCGAGACAGAAUCGCCAAAGAGGCAAAUGUGAUAGCAUUCGAGAUGGAAGGGUCGGGUGUCUGGGAGACGAUGCCUUGCGUGAUUAUCAAGGGGGUCUGCGACUAUGCAGAUAGCCACAAGAACAAAGAAUGGCAUGACUAUGCGGCCACAACAGCAGCGGCCUCUACGAAGGCAUUCCUGCGACACUGGUCUGUAGGCAUCCAAUCAAGAAACUCAAUAUAA